GGUUUGAUAAAUAUUCUAGUUAAGGUUAUAUUAACCUUCAAGAAUUAAAAAUGGGAAAAGUUAAGAAACUGAAAAAGUUGGGAGGAAGAGUGUCACGUCCAGGUCCUCUUGAUGAACAGUUGGCUAGAGACGAAGUUGCUCGUCCCAGUGGUCGUAUAAAAAUUCGCACUGAGCGGAAGGAUGGAGAUGAUGAGUAUGUUGAAGGACAACUAGGAAGGGCCAUCCUGAAGCAGAGUGUGGCUCAGCUUAAAGAAAUGGAGGAUGAGAUGGAGGAAGAAGAGUUUCCACCUUUGGGUACACAGCGUCCAAGAUUCAUAAAGCGGCCACCGUCAGUGAAAUUAAGCACAAAGUCUGAAGCAGAUGAAAGGAGUGAAGAGAGUAGUGAAGAAGAUGUUGAUGAAACAUGUGCUGCUGUCCCUCAGAAUAUUGACAAGGUUGUGCAGGAUUUUGAAGGAGAACUUAAUUUGGCAGAUGAAGACAAGAAGAUUCUGGAACAUUUUAUGAACAAGGAUGCAGCACCUCAAAGAAAACUAGCAGACUUAUUCAAAGAUAAGAUCACAGAAAAACAGACAGAGAUUCGUACACAAGUGGAUGCCAGCAGUAUCCAAACAGUUAACCUUAGUCCUGAAGUACAAGAAAUGUGUACCCAAGUAGGGAAAGUACUAGCAAGAUAUCGUAGUGGCCCACUGCCAAAAAUGUUUAAGGUUAUACCAAAGAUGCGCAACUGGGAAGAGUUGGUGUACAUGACAAAUCCAGACAAAUGGUCUGCUGCUGCUAUGUAUCAGGCUGUUAGAAUCUUUGUCAGUAACCUUAAAGAAGCAAUGGCUCAGCGAUUUUUCAACCUAGUUCUCUUACCAAGAGUCCGGGAUGACAUAUCUUUCUACAAGCGACUCAACUUUCAUCUCUAUCAAGCACUGUUUAAGGCACUUUUUAAACCAGCAGCUUUUUUCAAAGGUGUCUUGUUGCCCUUAUGUAUGUCUGGCAAUUGUACAUUACGAGAAGCUGUGAUUGUUGGUUCUGUCCUUUCCAAGAACCACAUCCCACUACUUCAUUCUGCUGCUGCCAUCCUUAAGAUAGCUGAGAUGGAUUACACAGGACCAAAUUCAGUUUUCUUGAGGAUAUUCUUUGACAAGAAAUAUGCUUUACCCUACAGAGUAAUUGAUGCCUGCAUCUAUCAUUUUAUCAAGUUUGAACAUGACCGUCGUGAGCUUCCAGUUUUGUGGCAUCAAGCUCUGUUGACCUUUGUGCAGCGGUAUAAGGAGGACUUGGCUCCAGAUCAGAAGCAGUCUCUCUUGGAUGUUGUCAAAUUCCACACUCAUCAUACCAUGACCGGUGAAAUAAGAAGAGAGCUUAUGAACUCCAAAUGUCGAGGUGAAGAUGAUGUCAAGAUGGUUUUAGAUGAAUAAAAUGGUGGAAUAUAUAUUAUGUCUACAGGGAUUGUCACUUUGACUUGAGUAUCUUUUUAUUCUAACUACAAAAGAUAGUUUAUAUAGUGAUGUUUGUAUGAAUCACUUAAUAAACGUAUUACUCUACACUGAA